AUGGCCUCCGCUUCAAGGUCCUGCGAUCAUGAUCAUGCCAAAGUGCAGCGGGCAGGACUACUUGGCCUGCCACCAGAAGUACGACACGAAAUCUACGGGCAGCUCUUCUGCCACAAGCCGUCGCCAAUCACGUUGGGCGUCCAAGAUUUCUUCACCAGAUGGGCGUCGUUUCAACCAUCGGCCGACGAGCCCCAGCAGGAGCCGACUUUCUACACCGCGAUUUUCCGGGUGAACAAGGCCAUUUCGCGCGAUGCGCUACAGUACGCGUACUCGGCCAACUCGUUCCGGUUUGACAAGGACAUCGCGACCUUCUCGAACCUCGGGACUAUUGCGCUCGCGUCCAUCAAGACUCUUCGCGUCUACAAGAACACGUGGCUGAACAGCUCCUACGCCACGACUUUUUGGCAAACCAUCAACCACUACUGCUCGAGCCUCGAGCUUCUUAUCGUCGAGGCGGCAUCGCACGUCCUUCUGAGCGCAAUGCCCUAUUUGAAGGACUUCAUGGCGUCAAUUCCUGCUCGGCAGGCAAAGCCGAGGUUGAUCUUGGAUCUCACCGUGUUGGACAGGCAUUUCUCUUUUGACUUUCCGGACCGCGAAUAUCAAUCCGCGAGGCAAGAUUUGGAGGGGAACAUGGCAGACAGCAACGGCGCGAAUUCGCCGAGACCACAAUAUACAUAUGUGAUGAGGCUGCCAAGGCAUGUCAAAGAGAUUAGAUUUGUACUCGACAUGGGGCCCGGCGCGUUUCGGGCGUUAAAAGGGGCCCUUGAGGAAGCAACUGACCUGUUCUUCGUCAAAUCCGACGAUAUUCCGCCAGUUGCUAGAGACGGCAUUGAAGGUCGUGGGAUACGCCACUGCUUCACCUGGCAGGAGACGGGUGUCUAG